GUUAUCUGGCUGGCAAGAUGGCGGAGAGUUUACAGAAUGACAAUCCUUACCAAAUCUCCGAUAAGGAUGUAUUGUGCCUGAAGAUUGCUGGUCUUUGUCACGACCUUGGUCACGGUCCCUUCAGCCACACCUGGGAACGCUUCAUGAAGAAAGCCAACCCUGAUGCUAAUUGGAAGCAUGAAGAAAUGUCAACAAAAAUUUUUGAUGACAUUCUUACGGAUGCUGACAUUAUGGAGAAGUUUACAGCCAGAGAUUUGGAAGAAAAAGACCUUAACUUCAUCAAAAAUGUGAUUGACCCUCCUGAGGAGAACAAAAUGGAUGAAAAAAUGGAUGAUGAAAGAAAAGGAAAACAUUUUUUAUUUGAGGUGACGUUUGAAUACGAACGUCUGAUCGACUCCUGCAAAAUCCUGAAGUGUGAUAAGAAAUGUGAUGAGAAAUGUGAUGGGAAAUGGCAUAUCUGUUAUCGUGACAAAGAUGUUCACACACUUCUGGAGAUGUUUCACACCCGCGCUCUGCUACACAGGAAAGCUUAUCAGCAUCACACAGAGAAAAUUAUUAAUGAAAUGUAA